UAUUUUAAAAAGGUUCUGGUUGGGAAGCUACAUGAUGUUGCAGGAGCAAGGUCCACCAGUGUUCUACUGUGUUGUGCUUGAUAUUCUCGUCUUUUAAUUUUUUUCACCACUUAAGAAUUUUUUUAAUGUAAGUGGAGAAAUUGGAAAUACUGCCUGAAGGGAAGCCUUCAUUCAAAAAAGACCAUCUUUGUUACUUUUACUACUACUAAUUGGUGUUCUGCUAGAAGAGUUAAAAAAAAGCUUUGCUACAGGAUUCACUUUUAAUAGCACUUCUAAAGAAGAAUACAAGCUCUGAGAAAAAUACAGCUUAUUUUUACCAUAGUGUACUUAAUACACAUUAUAACAUACCCAGCAAGAAGAAUGAGUAAUAAACUGAAAAACAUAAGAAAAAGCAAGGGAGAAAAAAGUCAAGAAAUGUCUACCAAUUUAAAAUACCUUUCCUUGGGCAUCCUGGUUUUUCAGACCACAGGUUUAGUCUUGACCAUGCGUUAUUCUCGGACGCUGAAAGAAGAAGGACCCCGUUACUUAUCCUCUACUGCAGUAGUUAUUGCUGAACUUCUGAAGAUUUUGGCCUGUGUUCUGUUGGUCUACAAAGACAGCAAGUGCAAUUUGCGGACUCUGAACAGAGUGCUACAUGAUGAAAUCCUCAAUAAACCCAUGGAAACUCUUAAACUUGCUGUUCCUUCAGGAAUUUAUACUCUUCAGAAUAACUUGCUGUAUGUAGCGUUAUCAAAUCUAGAUGCAGCCACAUACCAGGUUACAUAUCAACUGAAAAUUCUUACCACAGCAUUGUUUUCUGUGUCCAUGUUGAGCAAGAAAUUGGGUGUAUACCAGUGGCUUUCAUUGGUAAUAUUGAUGACAGGAGUGGCAUUUGUGCAGUGGCCUUCAGACUCUCAAGCAACAGCUGCCAAGGAGCACUCAGCAGGAUCUCAGCUUGUAGGCCUCAUUGCAGUUCUGGUAGCUUGCUUUUCUAGUGGAUUUGCUGGGGUUUAUUUUGAGAAAAUUUUAAAGGAAACUAAGCAGUCUGUGUGGAUCAGAAACAUUCAGCUUGGAUUUUUUGGUAGCAUAUUUGGACUAAUGGGCGUAUACAUUUAUGAUGGAGAACAACUGUCAAAGAAUGGAUUUUUUCAAGGAUACAAUAAACUUACUUGGAUAGUUGUUGUUUUACAGGCACUUGGAGGGCUUGUGAUUGCUGCUGUUAUAAAAUAUGCCGACAACAUUUUAAAGGGAUUUGCAACUUCUCUCUCUAUUAUACUGUCAACGUUGAUCUCCUACUUCUGGCUGCAAGAUUUUGUCCCCACAAGUGUCUUUUUCUUCGGAGCCAUCCUUGUAAUAGCAGCUACUUUCCUAUACGGUUAUGAUCCCAAACCUGCAGGAAAUCCCAUUAAGGCAUAGCAGACUUCCUCAUCAACCUGCUUCUCAAGACCAUGCACUGGGCGCCUUGCUAACAAUGACAUGUGGAAAGUGUCAUUGUGCACUGCAAGGAAAGGAUUCCUACCCUGAAUUGAUUGAAAAAAUGCUUAUGAAUAGUUCUGAACAGCCAGAGGGGUUAAAGGUAGAUGAUGAUACUGUCUGUAACUGAUAGGAAAAGAAAAAAGACAGGGGAAUGCCCAGUGCAACCUGCUAAUAAAAAACUUGAAAGGAACAAAAAGUUUCCAUCAAACUGCAAUUAGGAAUGUUUACAGUUUUGACUGGGAUUGCAUCAAAAGAAUUUACUGUACUGACUGCUGCAGAAAUACGUCCUAUGCACUCUUCAGAAGAGCACAUGACAACGCUGUCAGAUUGUAUGUUUUUGCAAUUUGACUAUAUUUAAUCUUAGUAAAUAUGUUUUUAACUGUUUGUCUAUUUACAUGAAAUCAGCUGAAUAUACAGCAUAGUUCUAAAGUGAUGGUUCUAAUUAAGUAUUCUGCAUUAAAACUGUGAAGAUUGAAGUACGAUUGAAAGACACUUUGACAACAUCAAAUAUUUUUGUAUUUUUAGAAGACUGAUUUAAUAACGGAAUUCUGUUAUUAAAUUAUAAUAUUAUAAUUCUGUUGCUUAUAUAAAACUAUAGUAAGAAUGUUAACAUUCUCAUCUAAGUACACAAAGGGAGAAAUUCAGAGUGAAAGCUGGAAAUCUCUGUUGAUGCUCCAGUCUUCAUCAGGACAGCCUGUAAUGUUCCAUGAGAUGCCAUAACUGUGAACACAGGCCUGAGGUUACUGAACUAACCUGGAACUCAGAGUAAGGUUAUGAUGGAGUGCUUGAUCAGAUGUCAAGUUCAUUCUUUUUAUUGAUUAUAAGACAACUUUUUGCUAGAACCUUUAAAUUUGUUUUUAUGCAUUAGAUAUCCUCUGGGGAUUUUUUUAACCAUGACUUAAAAAAAAAAAGCCCAUAAUAAACAUUUUAUUUUUUUUUUUCCUGUAACAGCUGCAUCUAGAGCUAUUAUGAUAUAUAAUCUGUAGACUGUACUUUAUUACAGAAGUGUUUUUUUAAACAAGUGGUGUUUAUGCACGAGCUCUUCAAGGCUCUCUCGGUACAUUUCUGUGUAAUGGCUCAAUUAGAGGGUUUUUUUAAAUUGUUAUUAUUUUUAAUGUUUUGUCCUGGAGUCCUUGACCCAACAGACUUAAAUGUUUUUUUGCAGCUAUUCAGUCUAGUAGUGGAAUUACUUUAACAGGAAUCUUAAUGAAAAAGUAAUUAGUUGUGCAAUAGGUAAAUAUAAAAGCAUGCUGUUCUUCUGUUUUAAACCAAAAAACAACUUCACAAAGAAACCUAGAUGCAAUUAGAACUUAAAUCAAUUAGACUGUUAUGAACACUUCACUUGGUGAAGUAUUUGCAUAUAGCCAGAAGCACACACACAAAAGCCAGAGUUAAUAAAAAAAAGCUGUCUUAAAAACCCACUUGUUUCCAGGAGAUGUGUUCACCAUCAAUAUUGAUAUAGAAUGACUUCCUAGCCACGUUACACUUGUAAAGGUAUAUAUGUAUACAAAGACAUAUCAAUAGUCCCUUACCUGUAGAAUGGCAAGUGGUAAAAAAGUAUUUAUUUUUUUCCCUUCUCAUGCACUUUCUCACUUCUGUCUUAUGCUAAUGAACACAUAGUGAAGAAAGAGGUGUUUUGAAAUGUUUACCAGAGUACCUCAUCCUCUUCCUCAUUGUAGUGGUGGAUUGACAAGGAGAUUCUGUAAGAGUCCUCUGAGAUUUUUUUAAUUAAAUACUGUAAAUGGGAAAGGAAAAAUUCCAUUUACGUCAGCCAACUAAAAAUAGUGUUCUCCUUGAAUUAUCAGCUUUUUAUUUGCUUAUCAUAUCAGAGUGAGACAUUAAAAAAAUUCCAGAGUUAUGCCAAGGGCUUGCUAAGUUUAGUUAACUCUGAAUCUGUCCCAGCAUGCCAUCAUUGCCAGAGUCCAAACUAUCUCAUAGUACCCUAAACUGGCAUUCUACAUUAAUGUCAACCCUUUUAUCUGUAACAUUCCAUGUGGCAAAAUCUUAGAAGCAUUCCAUGUAGUCCUCUCACCACUGAAAUGCAACAUGAGGUGAGAUGUGCCCAUAGAACAGUGGAUCGCAGCCUUGCCUAGUGUAGAGUGGGAAGUGCACCAUGACUGAAAUUGUCUGAGAAGUGUUGGUAGUAAGAGCUGAAUUGGAGUUGGCCUACGCCACAACAGUUUUAAUUUAAUUCAUCACAGUAGUGGAAAUGUUUAAGUGGUAGAAUUGGUUACUUGAGGAGUUGAGGAGUUUCUCAAAUAAACAUAGAAAGGAGGUUGAGAACACUUUAAAACUGUUUGUACAGGAAGGGACCAAAUAGGCCAAAUAAUCACAUUGCUGGAGUGAGUUUUGCUACAUAUAACCCAGUUUUAUUACUGCAGGUGCACUUUUCAAUAUUUGUUAAGAAGCAUCAGUGUAAAUAAAAGAACAGGAAUAUGUGCUCUUUCCUUUUGAAUAGGAUGUCAAACAGCUUUGGAAACAAUAUGUUGAUUCUAGUAAGGAACAGUGAUUCCUAUCUGUAGUGACUCCUCCAUGCAUUCACUUGAUUGUUUCAGUAAGUUUUCCAUUAGGGGGAUAGAUCUCUUCGCACUAGUUGCUGUAAAGGAAGUGGGAAUUUGCACUUUGAGCUCUUUCCUUAGCCUAUAAAGGAACCCUAGGGCCAAGGCCCUCCAGGCUGAAAUGUGUUAUUCUAGACAGAGGGAAGACAGUCGAUGCUUCUUAAGAACAGAAGGGAUUUGAGGAGGGUUUACUGAUUUCUUUAACCUUUGCAACCUGAGAGCAUAUGCAUGUUUUCUUAUUGGAAUACUUUCAUAUCUGAAUUUUGAAAUGUAAAAAACAAACAAAACCCCAGUUUUAAGUCUGUAACUUAUUAACUAACCAAAGAAGCAUAGCUAGCACAGAGCGUCAGCAAGUAGGGGAUAGUGUGCUUUGAGUUUGUCCUAAAAGCAAUCUGUAGGAGUCCAGCUUCCCCAAAAUAAACCUGUCUUUCUAAACUAUUUUUCUGACUUUCAGACAAUGGAUUUGUUAGUUUAGUUCUAUAUUUUGGAGGCUAACCUAUACUUAGCAGAACUUUAUUUAAAUAUUUAUAAAGGUAUAGCUAGAUAUUUAUUUGCAAUGACUUGAAUCAUGUGAAUUACUUUUUUUAAGACAUGCAUAAUGGAAGUAGUAGUAUUUAUUGAAUAUUGGGUAUUUGGUAGUUUCAUUUGAGAAUCUCUGGGAUACAUGAUAAAUUGUCAUAUAACAGUAAAUAUAGAACUAUCUUCAAAGUAAAAUAAAUCAGCAGUUCAGUGGUGAAAAACUUAAUAAAGUAAGAUACUUUUAUUUAAACAUUAUAUUUCUGUGCUAUCCACAAGUGCCCAAUAAUAUUUUUUUCUCAAAGGAUUCAGAUAAUUUUAUAGUUCUAGUCAACUUCUUUGCUUUAGGCAAACUAUCAGAAAACUUCCCUUUUUGUUUGCUUUUGUAGUGGGUAGAUUAUCCAGCUUCUACAAGGUAACAUCUUGAGGGUUUUACCGUAAUUUUUUAGAAACUAUUGUGGCUUUUUUUCCUAAAAAAAAAUAAAUAAUAUCUUUUUUUGGUAGCAGGUACUUGCGUUUCAGUUACUUAUACUGGUAGUCCUCACAGAUUUUUAGAAGUAUGCAACUGUAAUGAAUUUUGUUAAAUUGUUUUAAAACUGAUAAAUGAAAGGUUGCAUUUCUUCUGUGUUUCAUUGUCAGUAGCUUUCAUAUUUUAAUAUAUUUCCUCAUGAGUCAUGCAUGUUCUGUUGCAUUUAUGCAAUGAUAUUUUUCCAAAUUUGAGGUUGUUGCUCAUUUCUUCCUGUUGACAGUAUUUCUUGCUGGAUGUGGUGUUUGAGGAAGGUUAUUUACUGUUUUCUUCUCUGAAAUCCAUGUUUUGUAAGAAUGAGAUAUUAAAAAAUAUUACGGGGCU